AUGGCAGCGGCAGAGACUCAGAACGUGCGAUUUCACACAGGACUGGGGUCUAUCAAGGAUAUCCAGAGUCUCAGCGAAAAGGACCUUGGCGAGUCGCGUUCAAGAGACAAGAGUGAAGUGCAAGCAAUCUUGCAUUACCAUAAAGACAAUGAGGAUGGGUCACCUCCGCAUCCAACGUUCGUUGACAGGCCCGAAACAUACGAUAGGCCAUUCGAAGCCCAUUCCGUCACGAUAAGCAAUCUCGCAGGCGACGAAGAGAAGUUUUCUCUCGACAAAAAUGGUUUCCAGAUUUACCACAGCGAGUCGACUGAGAAGCAUUUCCAGGACGAUGAUCAGAUCAGGUCAUCUUACUAUCCUGAAGUAAACGAGCUUUUGAAGACGGUGACUGGUGCUAGUCGAGUUUUCAUCUUCGACCACACUAUUCGUCGUCAGCUGCCCAGCGAAGCAACCCAAGGACGAGCGGCUCGCGGACCAGUGCAAAGGGUCCACAUUGACCAAUCUUACAAGGCCGCUCUUUCACGGGUUCCUCACCACCUCCCGGAGGAUGCCGAUGAGCUGCUCAAGGGCCGAGUGCAGAUCAUCAACGUCUGGAGGCCCAUUAAAACUGUUCAACGAGACCCACUCGCCAUUGCGGAAGCCGGGUCGGUUGCCGAAUCGGAUCUUGUUGUGACCGAUUUGAUUUACCCUAAUCGACGGGGAGAGACGUAUGCGGUCAGAUACAGUUCGGCGCACAAAUGGUAUUACAAAGAUGGUCUGACACCCAAUGAGGUGAUUCUCAUCAAGUGCUUUGACAGCAAGACGGAUGGUAGAGCUCGAAGGGUGCCCCACACAGCCUUUGUUGAUCCCACGGCGCGCCCGGAUGCCCCCCCCAGAGAAAGCAUAGAGGUUCGAGCUCUGGUUUUUCACCCAGAAGAUCAAGAGUAG